GGAGAGGGUUGCAGGGGGAGGCAAGGCUGGGGCAAUGGCACAUGUGCCCACAGAGGGGCUCUGAGUGCCGCCUCUGGCACCUGUGCCAUAGGUUCGCCACCACUGUCUUAGGGAAUGCCAUGGCUUGCAUGAUUUUGAUGCUUUGUAUGUAUAGACCCACCUCAGCAUUUGAGUACCUUUUCCAAAGCAUUAUGACUGUUCUACCAAGUGUUAGUCUGGGGCAUAUUUCUUGAUUGUUGAUCCUUUACUUUUGAUUGUUGACUUUAAAAGGCAGAAGAGGAAUUCUCAAUUCCUAAUUGUUACAUAUAUUAUUAAUCUGGUCUUCUUUAUAUUUAUGUUUUGUCACAUUUUUUUCUGUCUCUUUGACUUUUAUUAUUAGAGUUUGCUGGUCUUUGCAGUUUCAGCUAUUAGCUAAAUAUAAAAUAGCUCAUUUUAGUACAGCUUUUAAUCAACCAGAUUAAUAUGUUGUUUAUUUAUUGGUUCAUUACAUUUUUAAUAAUGAAUCAAUCUAGCAAUUCUCAAUAUGCUUGUGCAUUAACAUUUUGAUCCAGUAUGUGAAUUAUUUUUAUUUCUGUUUCUUUUCCCAGACUUGGAAGAAUCUAUUAAACAAACCAAAUUUAGUUUCUGUCUUCUGUUCUACUCCCAGACAUGUUAAUAUAAAAAUAGCUGAUGAUGGAUCAACCUUUUUUGUCUCAUAAAUUUAUCACAGCAGGUUCUUUGAGAUCUAGUUGGUCUGUGUAUAAUUGAACAUAGGAAGAAUUUAUUUUUAAGCAUCACUUCCCUCCAAGCCACAGUACUGCAUUUUGAGAGGCCUCUCAUUUUGAUGUUUGCACUGUAAUAAAAGUGUAGAACAGGAUUGCAGAAAACUGUUACAAAAUCACUUGAGAAACUAUCUAGAUGAGACUACGAGUCUAGCCCAGCCUUUUCCAGAUGUUGUUGAGACUACAACUCCCAGAAUUUCUAAGUGGCUUGGCAAGAAGCCACGUUAGGAGGACAGUAAGUUAGGUUGGAAAAAGGUUAUAUAAGUAACUAGACAAUGUUGUGGAGUUGUUGUGUAGCUUCCCACUAUGGGACUUCGGGAAAGGUUUUGUUUGCCAGAUAGAAUCACCAAAUUAAUAUCAAUAGGAUACUAAUAGGAUGUUGGACCCAUUGUUGUCUCAUGAUGACCAUUCAACACAUUCUUCCAAUAUAAGACUUUUCAAAAUUGUCUGUCACAGAUUUAUGCUUUUAAGAUGUUCCAAAGAGCUGCUUAUGUAAUUUACCCAUUAGCUGAUCAAAGAAGUCUUGAGUAUUAUGAAAUGUCUUCCUAUUUCUGAAGAUGCAUUGUGAAAGGACAGUGCUUGAGUUUCUCCAACCUUGGUAGAAACUGCAUCACUCUGAAUUGAAGGUGGGGGGAAGGCGCGUUGGUAGACAAUCUGUUUUAUGACCACCUGCUUAAGUGAGACUGUGGUUUCAUUAUCUGACGGGAAAGCAGAGUUUAAUUAGUCAUGUUUAAGUCUGGGGAAAUGAAAACAGCUCAGUAAUUAGCAAUAGGCACAAUUGUACAGUGUUCCCUGUCUUUCAUGGAAAAGAGGUAGGGAGGAGCAUGUAUUUGCUUCAUGUUAAUUGCAUAUGCUGUGAUAAAUUUUUAUCGUGGCCUGAAGCCAAACAGACAAACAAAUAAACAUACAGAGUAGGGCAAAAAACAAGCCACGUUUAUAAGAUUAGACCUUGAUCUUUGGGAAGUAUUUUCUGCUUCAUUCUUGACGCUAAGAAGCAAAUGUUAGAGACAAUAAUAAUAACCUGGAAGUUUUUGUAGGCUAAUAGGACAGUUACAAAGUAAUCAUCUGAUUGCCCUGGAAUUGUUGCUAGAAAAGGAAAAAUUAAAUGUUGAUGUCAACCCAGAUAAAAACUGCAGGGUAAUAGCUUGUGUGCAAUAGAUUCAACUUUCUCCAUGCUAUAAGGGAGGAGGCAGCAAACUAGAGGAAAACUAUUAAGGUAUCUUCUUGUGAUAACAGAGGAAAGGGCUUUGAAAUGGAUGCUUGUAAACAUCCAGCAAUAUUUAAAUCCAGCAAUAUUUAAGGUAGACAGUUGUGUAAAGGUGAGAUGCCACAAUUCAAGUAAAAUUGGGGUCCUGCAAAAAAACUGAGAAGAACUGAAUUUUAAUUCUGGAUCCAGAAGAUGUUCUGUCAUAUAUAAUGAAUAAGAAAUUGAUUAUCUUCCAUUUCUUUUACCAGUGGAAGCAUUUUUAGAAACUUUUUGGACACACUUGUUUUUAUGGGCAACUUUCUGUUAGGUAUACAUUUCCGCAUAGGUGUCUGGGGCACAGCAGAUGGCAACCCAAGAAGGAUGUUGUCUCCACAGCAAUGCUAUGACAUGCAAGUAUAUAAUGACAGCAUUCGCCUGAUGGCGCUGCUGUCCCUGUAUUGUUUUGGAAUCGAUGGAUAUCAGUGUAUCUUCUAUAAUCAAUAUGUGAGUGAGAAUUGCAUCACCAGUGCUCAGAAAGGUGAAGUCUGAAAGAAAAGCUUUCCAGUUUGCAUUCAGGCUUGAGAAGAAAUUAUUUCAGUUGUCUUAAAAUGGGGAGGGGGGGAGGAAGGAAGGGAAUACACAAAACCCAUUGAGAUUAAAGUGCUUUUUUAAAGGUAUCUUUUAAGAAGGGUCUUUCCUUUUCAGCUGCAGUCUUCAAAAUACAAUGGUGGAACUAAAGGUAAUAGGCCUAAUGGAUGUUCCCCUCUUCAUAUUUGCUGGCUUGGGAAGAUGGAAACCUGACAUUGUAAUUCCUCCAGUCUUCAGCUUGGAUUUGCAAUGGGGUCCUUUCUGGUAUUCAGAAGUCUAGCAACAGAAUUAGACAUGAGGAGUCAUAUUGAGGGGCUGCCAAGGGGCCUGUAGAAGGAGUGGAGGUUUCAAUCUGAGGUCCUCUUGGUCCCCAGCAGCCAAAUUGGUGUGUAAUCUAUGCCAGUCCUGAAGCUGGCAUAGAAUGAUUCUCCCCUACGGCUUCCAAUGAAAAGGAAUUCUAUUUUUAAAAGCCACAUGCACAUAUAUGUUCAGGGAGGCACACACAAAGUCAUACACGGACAUUACUCUUCCUUGGCUCUGCUAGCAGGAAUCUGGCCAGGCUCCAGAAAACUUUGGAGUCACUACAUUGCAGGCUCCAGAAGCUGAGUCCAAGAGACACUGUAGUUAGGCAUAUCUUCAGCUGGUGGACCUGGACUCAGAAAGAGGUCGAACCCAGAUGAAGAUGGACCACAGCUGAUCACAUUUUCACAAGGAGGAAGAACAGAUGGAAGUCAUGCUAGAUGGAGGAAAACUAAGCGUUGAUUCAGUUGGGUCAUUGUGGAGCCACCUUCCUUGACUUGAUUGCUUCCAGAUGAGUCCAUUACAGCGUAAUAGGAAAUGCACUGGGUAUCGUAAGGAAUGGCAGUUGCAAAACAUCUGGAGGCCCUGCCUUGAGAAAGGCAGCCCUGGGAAAACAGAAACUGAGAAGCGGGGAAGUUGGCAGCUUUACAUGAGCAGAAAGAAAGAUGACCUGUGGACAAUCCAAGAGGAACUGACAGUAUAACUGAAGUUACCAAAGCCAUGAAGACCCAUAACACCUCAGAGAAGAAAACAUCAGGAUCCUCCGGUCCUUCCCGAUGGCACAGGGGCAGGUUUCGGCGCAAGCCCUCCCCGCAGAUGGUGGUGAAGGGACAGCUUCGGAUGCGCUCACCCUCAGGAGUCUUCGUGAUGGUGGGGAUCUCGGUGGUCUUAGUGGGAAUGACCAUUGCUGUGAUUGGAUAUUGGCCUCACCAUACAAAGUCUGGAAGUGGUAGGCCAGGGAACUCUAGUGUUGCAGGAGACAUCAGGAAGGAAAUUAAGGUUUCUCCCCAAGCCCACCCCUUCCUUCACAGUGAGAAAUUGAAGCUCAUUGGACCAGUUGUCAUGGGUGUGGGACUCUUCAUCUUCAUCUGUGCUAAUACUUUGCUGUAUGAAAACAGAGAUAUGGAAACUCGCUUGUUGAUGCAGCAGGAACUCUAUUCCAUGGGCCUGAAUUUCCCACAGGACACGGGACCAACAAGUGAUUACUUUCAGAGGAGAAGGACUACUUCAUCUACCCUCAGGGCCAAUGCUGAAUGUGUAGAAGGCUACUACGAGGUGGACCUUUCUUCCAGUGGCUUCCAAUCUUGCUCCAGCCCUGUGAAGAAAUGGGUCAAUAGCUGCAAUUCCAGCAGGCUCCAAACCACGACCCAGUUCUUUCAUCACAAGAGCCUCUCACCUUCGCUGUCCCUCUUGAGCAUCCAUUCUGACUGCAGCAACACCCUGCCAGAGAAUGAAGCCUUCUCCUUCGCUCGUGGAGCAGAGUCGGUCCUCUCUACAGCUGUCAAUGCCCUGCCUUUGCCUCUCAUUAAGCUUAAUAACUGUCUUCUUGAAAAGCAGAGUGUUUCCCAGGUGGGUAUCCAGGACUUGGAAGGCAGUUGUAGGUUGCCAGAGGAGAGGGAAGAGAUACGGAGAUUCUCAUGGGCUCUUCUGCCUGGAUGCAACCAUAUUUUGCCCAGGAAGGACACACUUAAAGGCAGCCACAUAGUUAUUGAUAUGGAUAGCACACCCCACUCAGGCAACUUGGUGGAUAAAUUUCAUGAAUGUGCAAAGAGAGUGUUCCCACAUUUAGGUCAUUCUAAAUCCUUGGAUCUUGGCCAGCGAAGAACGGCAUUGGUGGCACCAAGCAUAGAAAGGAAACAUAGGAGCUGGCCUAGGCUGGACCACAUUGACCUACUCAACUAUGCAAAACUGGAAAGCCAAGGAGAAUCUUCUGAUAGGCUUUUGGAAGCAUCAAAAGAGCUUUUUAGGGGGGAGAGCAUUUCAUUAUCCCAGGAAAUGCCUGUGAAAACAGGUCCUAUCAUUUGAUCUGGCACCUAAAGGGAACUGUGUUAUUUUGCUAUGUCAGGUUAGGCAUUGCCAAGAGAAGGCAGGCUGAUACAUAUUUGCGAUGAGCAUUGCAAUGCUGGCUGCUUAAUUCAUCAGCCAAGGUCUGUUGUCAAUGGAGAAAUACUUCGGAUGGACUUUCUUCCCAAGGCUCUGCGGUUUCUUGCCUUAACUAAAAGUCUGAUUGAGUGUGAAAAACUUUGCCAUGAAUGGACUGCAUAUGCCAGGUUGCGUAUGUCUGUGUAGAACCACAAGCCCUGGUUAGGUCUGUGAGCCUGAAGUUCCAUGUCACACAACCGGGCUGCUAACAAUGCAUUUGUAAGGGCUGCAGGGAAGAGUCAGAAAAUAGCACGACUUCAGAAAUCCUAAAGCGAUUUAAAAAAAUCAUUUUAUACAAGGAUGCAAAUUUCUCAGUUCUUUGAAGCUCAAUUACAGUUCCUGCCUGAGGUCUCAUAAUACUCGGUUAGGAAUACUACUUUAUUUUUCUUUUAAAGACAGUUUGAAUACACUUGUAUUGCUGAUCUCAUCAUUUGGAAGCUAGUGAUUUCUAAAGUAAAAAAAAAAAUCCUG